CCUUAUCAUCAUGUCAUCUUCCUCUCGGAUUCCCCAGUUUCUCUCGCAAAUGGCGAGUAUCCUCCAUCCCCUCUUGCCUCCAACUCCCUUCUACCCAACUCAUCUACUCUCCGGUUCUACGCCUUCCACGACGUCGUUUCCGUUCUCACCAGCCUCAACACCAUCUCGCUCGCUCUCCCCAAUUUGUGGCUGCUGCUCCUCAGCUCCCAACUCGUCCGAUUCCCUUCUCUCCUGUUCAAUCCCUCACAAAUUCCAACUGACUAAACCUUUUACGGUUCCGAGGAGGAGCGCAAUGGCCUUGAUCUUUUCCAGUUAUAUUUUCUCAGAAACUAAUUUUCACGAUGGUCUUGCACUGGCUCAAUCCUCAGUUGGGUUCAGGGAAUACAUCGAUACCUUUGAUGGGUAUUCUUUCAAGUAUCCCCAAAACUGGAUUCAAGUCCGAGGAGCCGGAGCUGACAUAUUUUUCAGAGACCCCUUUGUUCUCGACGAGAAUCUUUCAGUGGAGUUGUCUUCCCCUUCGUCGUCCAGGUUUAAGAGCGUUGAAGACUUGGGUCCCCCUGAAGAAGCAGGGAAGAAAGUGCUUAGGCAGUAUUUGACGGAGUUCAUGUCUACUAGACUGGGUGUCCGGCGUGAGUCCAAUGUUCUAUCGACUUCCUCUCGAGUUGCUGAUGAUGGGAAGCUCUAUUACCAAGUGGAGGUAAACAUAAAGUCAUAUGCAAAUAACAACCAGCUGGCCGUCAUGCCACAAGAACGUGUUGCUCGCAUGGAAUGGGAUCGGCGAUAUCUUUCUGUUCUUGGAGUCGAAAACAACAGGUUAUACGAGUUGAGAUUACAAACGCCGGAAAAUGUAUUCGUAGAGGAGGAAAAUGAUCUUCGCCAAGUUAUGAAUUCUUUUAGAGUGAACAAAGUGGCUGCGUGAUGAGUUUUUGUAAUCUUACAUAUGAGUCAUUUUUUUUGACAGACAUGAUUCAUAGUGAGAUACCCUGUAACUGCAAUACACUAGUGUAUUCAUUUUCCAUAUUAAAUGUAUGUAUUUGCUCUUUA